AAAUGCUGCUGAGGCCUUAGGGCCUGAGACUGACGCCCCCUCCCCCCCGGGCUCGGCGGGGGAGCGACUCAUGGAGCGGCCGUAAGAUUUAUCAACAGACUGCAAUUCUUCACUGCCAAAAUGACAUCAUUUUCCACCUCUGCCCAGUGUUCAACUUCUGACAGUGCUUGCAGGAUCUCUGCAGAACAAACCAAUCAGGUACGACCAAAACUGCCACUUUUGAAGAUUUUGCAGGCAGCAGGUGCACAAGGUGAAAUGUUCACUGUUAAAGAGGUCAUGCACUAUCUAGGCCAGUACAUAAUGGUGAAGCAGCUUUAUGACCAGCAGGAGCAGCAUAUGGUGUAUUGUGGUGGAGAUCUUCUGGGAGAACUGCUAGGACGUCAGAGCUUCUCCGUGAAAGAUCCAAGCCCUCUCUAUGAUAUGCUAAGAAAGAAUCUUGUCACUUUAGCCACUGCCACUACAGAUGCUGCUCAGACUCUCGCUCUCGCACAGGAUCACAGUAUGGAUAUUCCAAGUCAAGACCAACUGAAGCAAAGUUCAGAAGAAGGUUCCAGUUCUAGGAAAAGAAUGGAAGAAGGCAAUAUACCUACACUGCCUACCUCACAACAUAAAUGCAGAAAUUCUAGAGAAGGUGAAGACUUUAUAAAAAACUUAACCCAAGGUGAGACCUCUAAGCUGGACCUUGGGUUUGAGGAGUGGGAUAUAGCCGGACUGCCUUGGUGGUUUUUAGGAAACCUGAGGAACAACUAUACACCUAGAAGUAAUGGCUCAACUGAUUUACAGACAAAUCAGGAUAUAGGUACUGCCAUUGUUUCAGACACCACAGAUGAUUUGUGGUUUUUGAAUGAGUCUGUAUCAGAGCAAUUUGGUGUGGGAAUCAAAGUUGAAGCCGCAGAUACUGAACAAACAAGUGAAGAAGUAGGGAAAGUAAGAGACAAAAAGGUGAUUGAAGUGGGAAAAAAUGAUGACCUUGAGGACUCCAAGUCCAUAAGUGACGACACUGAUGUAGAAGUUACCUCUGAGGAUGAGUGGCAGUGUACUGAGUGCAAGAAAUUUAACUCUCCAAGCAAGAGGUACUGUUUCCGUUGCUGGGCCUUGAGGAAGGAUUGGUAUUCAGAUUGUUCUAAGUUAACCCAUUCUCUCUCCACGUCUGAUAUCACUGCCAUACCUGAAAAGAAGGAAAAUGAAGGAAUUGAUGUCCCUGAUUGCCGAAGAACCAUAUCAGCUCCAGUUGUUAGACCUAAAGAUGUGUAUACAAAGGAAGAAAACCCUAAACUUUUUGAUCCCUGCAACUCAGUAGAAUUCUUGGAUUUGGCCCACAGUUCGGAAAGCCAAGAAACCAUAUCAAGCACGGGAGAACAAUCAGAUAACCUUUUUGAACAGAGAACAGAUACAGAAAACAUGGAAGAUUGCCAGAAUCUCUUGAAGCCGUGUAGUCUGUGUGAGAAAAGACCACGAGAUGGAAACAUUAUUCAUGGGAGGACGGGCCAUCUUGUCACUUGUUUUCACUGUGCCAGAAGAUUAAAGAAGGCUGGGGCUUCAUGCCCUAUUUGCAAGAAAGAGAUUCAGUUGGUUAUUAAGGUUUUUAUAGCAUAG